CCACUAUAACUACCUCUAUGGGCAGGUGAGCUUACAGUGCCCGUUGUAGAAUGCUAAGCCACUGUGGCGCUAGCUUAUCCAACUUGAGCUUCACGAUUGCUCAUACCUGUACUCGCCUGUGGAAGUCUUCCGUCUUUUGGCUAUUCUAAUAUCGAAGAAGAAUCUCAUCGCUAUGUAGGCACAUUUCCAGGUCCAUUGAUCUAUUUGCAGAAUUCUUGGGUUUCAUCUAGCUGAACGACUGUCGAUCAUGAGUGUAUUCUUCCCUUUCCGACACCUCGUUGAUUAAAUACCUCCAAAUGGACUUGGCCGCACAAAUCCGCUCUGGUCUUCAAAGCCAGGGACUACCCUCUCCCUCUAUCUCCUGGAUUCAAUCUGCCAUGCCCAAUCGCAGUCCAUUACCUCCCUUACCAGCUCUCAUCGCCACUGUGAAAACUCGUUUCCUGGCAGCUGAUUUGACUAACCCUGCUCUCUUUGACUCGCCAUCGCUCGCAUUCCCAUCUAACGCGAGCAAUCCCGAAGUUAAAGAGGUCAAGCUUACGUGGGACAUACCGGUGCAGGUGCUCGACAUUGAGAAUCUGUCCAAGAGUAAGUGGGAGCAAGUUGAGGAGCUUGAGGCCAUUGCGAGAGGGGAACAAACCAGAGGCCGAGAGAUCAUACGUCUUCCCACUGGAAACGAGGAAGACGAGUUUUCUCUCGAUGGCCAGGCUACCCAAACCACCAAUAAUGGUGUUGAACGAUCGGGAUUACGAGGCGCCUCAGCAGCGUCGGUCAACACUGCUAAUGCUGCCACCAAGAGCUCCACGCAUCGAUUAAUACUACAAGAUUGUAAGGGACAGAAAUUAUAUGGACUAGAGCUAAAGCGCAUUGACAAGAUUGGUAUCGGCAGUCUCAAUAUAGGUGAAAAGAUCAUGCUGAGGAGGGGUGCCAUACUCGCCCGAGGCACUGUCCUUUUCGAUACGACCACUUGCACAAUACUAGGUGGCAAGGUCGAGGCUUGGCAGAAAGACUGGAUAGAGGGCCGUCUAACCAGGCUCCGAGAAGCAGUCGGGGCUGAUUCCCGGAAUACAAUAUAGUCGCUCCCAUUCUUGUUGGGAUUAGGCGUCUUGUGAACACAUGAGACCGUAAUUUGCCAGUCGUGUGGCCAAUUAUCUAACCUAUCCAUACAGGCGGACUCAGUCUAGACUCUAGAUAACCCCUCGUGGACCGCGCACUGUGUAGCACACUGAAACCCAUCAGUCCCCGAGUCGCAUCUUUCGCCAAACAG